CCCACGUAGCCAUUUUGCGUUUCCUGGACAAAAAAGGGGAUAGAUGGAAAGACAAUCAGGCACGGAGUAAAAUACAGUCUGGAAAUUAUACAGAUAAUCAUAAGUUUGGAUGUAACACUGCAAUAUGAUAGAAGCGGGAGCGGGCGAGCAGUUACACCAGCCGCGGCCCGUCAUAAAAGUGCAAACAGUUAGCUAACUCGCUAACGAACCGUUAGCGAGAGAUAAAGAGUUCAUAGACAUUCAUGACAUUUAUAGUUAUUUAAUUCAGCACUGUUUCGCGCUCUGAGGCGGACGUCGAUAGAAUUAUGGACGGUUUGUUGGUCUGAAACGUCGUUGCGGGCAACAACAAACGGCGCGGGUUUUGCGGAGAAAGCCGGAUAACCGUUUCCUCGCAGGGUAUAAAGAAGAGGAUCGCGGCACGCCACGGACUCAGUCAUGCCUGCCAGUGUGCGUACUGGAACCCUAAAGGACUCCGAGGUGGCUGAGCUCUUCUACAGAGAUGAUCCUGAGAAACUCUUCACUGAUCUCAGAGAGAUCGGGCAUGGCAGCUUCGGGGCCGUGUACUUCGCUCACGAUGUGCGUUCGAAUGAAGUGGUGGCCAUCAAGAAGAUGUCAUUCAGUGGCAAGCAGUCCAAUGAGAAAUGGCAGGACAUCAUAAAAGAGGUGAAGUUCCUACAGAAGCUCAGACACCCCAAUACCAUUGAAUAUAAAGGGUGCUACCUCAGAGAGCACACGGCAUGGCUGGUGAUGGAAUACUGUUUAGGAUCAGCCUCUGAUCUUUUAGAGGUGCAUAAGAAGCCUCUACAAGAGGUGGAAAUAGCUGCUAUUACCCAUGGUGCACUACAGGGCCUCGCCUACCUUCACUCUCAUAACAUGAUACACAGAGAUGUGAAGGCAGGUAAUAUACUGCUGUCUGAGCCUGGUCAGGUCAAGCUUGGAGAUUUUGGCUCCGCCUCUAUCGUUUCUCCUGCCAACUCUUUUGUGGGCACUCCAUACUGGAUGGCUCCUGAAGUGAUCCUGGCCAUGGACGAGGGGCAGUAUGACGGGAAGGCGGACGUCUGGUCUCUAGGCAUCACCUGCAUUGAACUAGCUGAAAGGAAGCCACCCUUGUUCAAUAUGAAUGCAAUGAGUGCCUUAUACCAUAUUGCGCAAAACGAAAGCCCUGUCCUGUCAUCAAACCACUGGUCGGACUACUUCCGUAACUUUGUGGACUCUUGUCUUCAAAAGAUCCCUCAGGACAGGCCUACCUCAGAUGUGCUGCUCAAUCACCAUUUUGUGGGUCGAGAGCGCCCCCAUUCUGUAGUGAUGGAUCUGAUCACUCGCACCAAAGAUGCUGUGCGAGAGUUGGACAACCUGCAGUACAGGAAAAUGAAAAAGAUCCUCUUUCAGGAAACUCAUAAUGGCCCUACACAAGAGGGAGGAGAGGAAGAAGAGGAAGCAGAGCCAUACUUGCAGACGGGCACUGUGAACAGUAUGGAGAGCUCUCAGUCUGUGCCGUCUAUGUCCAUAAGCGCCAGCUCUCAGAGUUCCUCGGUCAACAGUUUGGCUGACGGUUCGGACGACAGUGCGGAGAUGGCCAUGAUGCAGGAGGGAGAACAGACUGUUACCUCUAAUAGCUCCAUCAUUCACCGUCCCACUGCUCGUGAUAACAUCUACGACGACCCUUAUCAGCCUGAGAUGGAGUCACAGCAGCCACCAUCGUCGGCCGCCCGGAGGAGGGUGCAACGGAACCGAGAUCAUUUUGCAACCAUUCGCACGGCCUCUCUGGUUACCAGACAGAUACAGGAGCAUGAACAAGGUUCAGCUCUAAGGGAGCAGAUGUCUGGAUACAAGCGCAUGAGGAGGCAGCACCAGAAACAACUGCUGGCUCUAGAGAACAAACUCAAAUCUGAGAUGGACGAGCACCAGCUCAGACUGGACAAAGAGCUGGAGACUCAGAGAAACAACUUUGGCGGUGAAGCUGACAAGCUGAGUAAGAAACACCAGGCCAUCCUAGAAAAAGAGAUCAAAGCUGCUCAGACAGAAGAGAAGAAGUUUCAGCAGCACAUUCUGAACCAGCAGAAGAAAGAACUCAGCAGUCUUCUGGAUUCACAAAAACGACAGUACAGGCAACGCAAGGAACAGCUUAAAGAGGAGCUGAGUGAGAACCAGUCCACACCGAAGCGAGAGAAGCAGGAAUGGUUGGUGCGUCAGAAAGAGUGCAUGCAGCAGGUCCAGGCUGAGGAGGAGGCAGGGUUGUUACGGCGACAGAGGCAGUAUUACGAGCUUCAGUGCCGACAGUACAAGAGGAAGAUGCUUUUGGCCAGACACAAUCUGGAACAGGACCUGCUCAGAGAGGACCUAAACAAGCGCCAGACACAGAAGGAUUUAGAGUGUGCAAUGUUGUUGAGACAUCAUGAGACCACUCAGGAGCUGGAGUUCAGGCAGCUGGCGCUUGUUCAGCACACUCGGGCCGAACUGAUCCGCACUCAGCACCAGAGCGAGCUGGCCAAUCAGAUGGAGUACAAUAAGCGUCGUGAGCAGGAACUACGCCAGAAACACGCCGUGGAGGUCCGCCAGCAACCCAAGAGCCUAAAGACGAAAGAGCUGCAGAUAAAGCGUCACUUCCAAGACACCUGCAAGAUUCAGACCAGGCAGUACAAAGCCCUAAGAAACCACCUGCUGGAGACCACGCCCAAAUCGGAGCAUAAAAACGUGCUGAAGAGACUCAAAGAGGAGCAGACGCGUAAACUGGCCAUCCUGGCUGAGCAAUACGACCAUUCCAUCAAAGAUAUGCUGUCCACACAGGCUGUGAGUAAGUUGCGAUUGGAUGAGACGCAGGAGGACGAGUACCGAGCGCUUCGCAUGCAGCUGCAGCAGGAGUUGGAGCUCCUGAACGCAUAUCAAAGCAAAAUAAAGAUGCACACAGACACACAACACGAGCGAGAGGUCAAAGACUUGGAGCAGAGGGUGUCUAUCCGAAGAGCUCUUCUUGAACAAAGGAUCGAGGAGGAAAUGUUAUCUCUCCAGAAUGAACGUUCUGAGCGGAUACGGGCUCUGCUUGAGCAUCAGGCUCGAGAAAUCGAGUCCUUCGACUCUGAAAGCAUGCGUCUGGGCUUUAGCAACAUGGCUUUAAGUGGAAUACCUGCCGAGGCGUACAAUCAAGGUUACUCCAACCCUCCCUCCUCGGGGUCCGGUGGCUGGCCAUCCCGUCCCGUGCCACGCUCGGGCAGCCAGUGGAGUCACGGCGUCCAAAACUCUGCCGCGCCGCCAUCCUGGCGGAGUCAGAACAGCACAGCCGGGUUCGGUCGAGCGGACCACGUCUCCGUCCGCGAGAGAGAACGAGAGAGGGAUUUGGAUGGAAUGGGCGUCCGUGGCCACCCCAGCUCUCGAUCUUCUGUUGCUGCUGCGCCGUCGUCGUCGUCUUCUUCUUCAUCGUCAUCACAUCAUCAUCAUCAUCAACUUCGCUACGUGCCACAACAGUACCACCACCAGAGCACACCGCAUCUAUACCGGGAUACAAGAGAGCGAGAGUGGGGUGGUGGUGGUAGCGGUGGUGGAGGAAGUGGGGGAAGUGGUGGGAGUCAUCACUCAUCUUCAUCUCAUGGCCACUCACAUCACUUCUCCUCCCAUGCCUCAUCUCAGUCCCUGGCUCUUCUCCCACCACCUCCUCCUCCUCCACCCAUUUCGUUUUCCUCCUCCUCUCCACAAUCCUCCUCCUCCUCAUCUUCCUCUCAAAGUGGCUACGGAGGAAGGGUCGAAGGGUUGGCUGUGAGAGGCCCCAAUCUGAUGGCCCUCAGGAACAGUCCAGGACCUCUUCGGAGGACCGCGUCGGGUGGUGGCGGCGGGUCAGGUGGAGACGGAGGUUUAAGUCGGAGUACGUCAGUGACGUCACACAUCUCUAAUGGAUCCCACCUUUCUUACUCAUAGAGGGGUCUCAAAAGGAAGAUGCAGGUGCAGUUUAGCGUAUUUCUGAGGGGUGUGUUAGAGUUUAACGUGUGCUUCACCUUCAGAGAUCAAGUUAGAGAAACAAUACUCGGGUAUUGUUUAUUGUUACAAGGAAAAAUCUUAAUUAUAGGUCAAGAAUUGACCAGAGAGGCACGGAUGAGGACCACUUCAAACCAUUUCUAGAUGGAAACACCUGUACUUACAAAAAGAUCGAUCUCAGGGUUACCAAGGAAUUAGGAUUUGGGAGGGCUCAGGGUUUAGAUCAAGAGCAGAAAUGAGUGGAGAGGAAGAUAAAAAGUACUGUAAAUGAGAAGAAAGGCUUACUGUUGAGUGACAGAAGGGAUUCAAAUAAUAUUAGUGGUGCCAAUACUGUAGAUCGGACUCAUUGUCUGCUGGUUCAUUUUUCCUUUCGCUUUGAAACUCUUUGAGUUCUGCACUUUUUAAGCUUGCACAUAAUACGUUUCAUUUAGAUUUUAAUACUUAAAAGACUGUGCUUCCAGAUAUUGUAUUGGGAUUUGUCCUGUAUCGCAUAAAGCUGAAUUAAGUGCUUUUCGACUUUGUUUUUAGAGGAAUUGUUUGGCUAAAAUUAUAUUUUUAUUGUUAACUCACCCUCAUGUUUUAAAACCAUAUGAUGCUUUUAGCGUUUUCCUCAUUCAGCAUUUUUUAUACCUUUACAUCUGUUUCUUUUCUUCAUUUUAGAAGAAUUGAAAUUGGUCACUAUAUUAAUUGUUUUUUUUUUUUUUUGGUAGUGGUACAGAUUUUAAUGCUUCCCUCUAUGUUCCAUAGGAAGUCAAAACAGCAUAUGGGUUUUAAACAUUAACUGGAUGAAUGAAUAAUAACAACAAAAUCCUUUUUAGUGUCCGAGCAUUUGUGAUCCAGUAGACGAUGAGUCCGACUAAUGUCAGUUUUACUGCUAUUCAGGGCAGAGAGAUUUGAGUCGGAUGCAAUAGAAAGGUGCUGUAGCAUGUGCAGAAAAUGUUUCAGGGAGAAGAGAUGUAAACUGAGGAAACCGCAAAGGGCGAAUUUUUGUAAUUAUGUAGAUAGAACUAAAACAAUACUAAAAGAACAUCUAUCAGUAAGGGUUUUUAAACUGUACAUUUGUAAUUGAGACUGGCAGGUUUUUAUUUCAAAGUUAUUUUGUAUUCUGGACGUUUCCUUUUUUUUUUUUUUUGACGAUGCCACAUGUCAUACUGCCAUCUAGAGGCUCAGCUAAACUAAGGCAACUCCGCCCCACUGUCCUUAUAAGGGCAUGCUGCCAUUCAGUUGCAGUUGGUUUUAACUGGGCUACAAUUCAGUUUUUAGUUAAAGAUUGAACCUGGCUUGGUAAAUUAAGCCAUCUCCUUGACACUAUAGUGUAAAUAUGAUGUACAUGUCCAUAGAGGGGUUGAGUUACAAAUAAAUGCAUGAAACUGAUGUACAGAGACCAUUUGUGUACAAACAUACACGACAGGCAUUUAUAUAUGACUUUUGAGUAAAUAUGUGUAUAGUGUCAAAGGUUUUACAGGAAAGUCAUAUGAUUGUUUCUUGUUUACCACUUUUGAUCUAUAUUGUACUUAAACAAUCCGUGUGUAUAUACAAGCACUAACUCCUUGUAUAGGGUAAUAAUAAUUUUGCUAUGUGAAUCGGACGGUGAGACGGAGAAAAGAUGAUUAUUAUUACACCUACUACUGCCGCUGUAAUAUGUUGUACACUAAUUUUUCUUUUUUUCUACUUUAUCCUCCUUUUUUAAAACUUUUUGUUUAAUCGAUGCUUACAACUAGGCUGGAAACGUUGGCAGUGUCAGUAAAAGUCUCAUUUUAGUCAAAAAAUAUAAAGACUACCUAUCCCAGCAUUCCUUGUGUUACAUCUCAGGGUAGGAGUCUAUUGUGGAGUGAUCUGUCAGGAGAGUAGUAUUUUAGAGCCAGUAUUAAACUUGUACAGAGCAUUUUAAAAGAAAAUUUUAGCUGUGUAGACAAUUUCUAGGCAAGUGUCUCGAACAACCCCCCUCCAAUCCAGCAAGUUUUCUUCCUCCAUUUUAUGCCGGAAUGCAUUGUUUCUUUUGCGUAUUACAAGAAUGGACGAAAGGCAACACAAGCUGUUUACAAAUGAAAUCUCAGCGUGGCGAUAGAUAGAUAAGGCAGGUAUUGCCAACAAUAUUGUGUUCCUUUUAUGUGUUCCCACACUGCCAGCUCUGUUAAAACACCAGCGUUCACUAGGACCGUCUAUCUUGUUCUCCGUACCCAAGGAGAUACCUCACUUCCCUGUACCUCUCGCUCCAUUUCAGUGUUCAUAUUCUCUCCCUUUAAUUUUUGCUCCUUUUACCAGCAUUCCUAUGUUGUGUGUCCUUAAUUGGUUACUAGCAUUUAUGGACAAAGUAGGGGGAUGAAUAUACACCUCGGCCCACCUGUAGCUCUGGGCCACCAUGUAAUGUGUUUACAGCAAAACAUGCUGGAUUCUUCCUAGUGUAUCCUCUUGAGAGGGGUUGCGUUAUAAGAGGUAUGAAAUUGAUUGCGUCCUACAGUGUUUGAAAGAUUGGAGCCAUGAGGAUGGAGAUGAAACUGUGAUUGCAGAUAUAUGAAAGAUUUUGUCUGUGCUAAAAUGUAUUUCAAGAUUGAAAUGUGAUGUUUGAAAGGCUGAUGGAGAGAACGGUUGUUCAGAACUGUAGGCUCACAAAAAAAGGACUAAUUACAUUCAGGUGAAACGAAUACUGGCGGUCUCACGUGAUAAAGGACUUGUACAGUAAAGGAUUAACAAGUUAUUAAAAAGGAUACAAAAAUGAUCUGGUUUGUGUGAUCUGUCUGGGCUGAUGUUCGUGUUGUCUUUGAACUUGUGUUACUUGUUUGUUUGUUUUUUAUUGCAAAAAUACACAUCUGGCAUCUACCAUCACCACUGUGAUGCUGACUGAAGAAGAUAAAAGACCGUUUCCAUGGAGACAGAGGCAAUGCUAAGGUGAAAUUAACUGUGGCCUGCCAAAAGCACAUGUUGGGUCUGGGGAAGGGCUAUUUUUAGAUCAAGUCACAAAAGCGUCCUGGGUGAUUUUAUGUAAUAUAUUGCAGUAAUAUUUUCCAGGCCUAAUAUUUUCCUGUCAUUUUGUUCAAAUAGCAUUAUAAUCAACAAAAAACAAUUCUCUGGUUAGA